GUAAGAGUGGCAUUUCAGCCAUUGUUCCCGUGAGCUAAACUCUCCAUUUUCGUCUUCUUUUCAAGCAUUUCGUGCUUUUGUUUUCCUCUGUAAUCUGUAGCUGCCGGAUUUUCAAAGGUUUUGGGGUUCUCUACAGAAAUGGGUCCUUCAGAAACGGAAAGUGAUAGCAGAGGUUUUCAAAACCCAGAUUGGGAAACCGAGUUUCAUCGCUUCGAACAGGCGAUAUCGUCUGGUCCGGCUUCAAUUCGCGUAAGGUCCCUUAUAAAGUUAUCAGAUUUAGCGAAUCGAGUACCCGAGAGUGUUCUAUCCCGUGCAAUCCCAAUCCUCGCCCGUCUUCUUCGUGUCACCGACGAUCCCAAUCGCUCCGUUCAAGCUGCCGCCGCUCAUUGCUUGAAACGCAUCGCCUGUCGCGGCGGCGAAGAGAGCGGAUUCGCGGUGAUGAUGGGGAGGUCCGGUGUGAUUGCCGGCUUGUUAGGGUUGUUAUUUGAGGCGAAUACUAAUGGUAAUGCGUUCCGAAGGUUUUGGGUGAAAUGUUUGUGGAGUUUGGUUACUUUUGGAUCUUCGAUUCGAAUUGGAUUGGCUAGGUUAGGCGGUUUAGAGAUUGUGAUUCGCGAGUUGAAUACCUGGGAAGACGAUUCGAGUAGGUGGUACCUGUUAGAGAUCCUUAGUGCCUUGACGACAAUACGAGAGAGCAGACGCGUCCUUGUUCAUAACGGAGGGCUAAAGUUUCUUGUAGAAGCGGUUAAAGUUGGGAACUUGGCGUCAAGAGAGAGAGCCUGCCAUGCAAUCGGAUUGACCGGUACGACUAGACGAGCCCGGCGAAUGCUGGUUGAAGCAGGAGUGAUUCCAGCACUUGUGGAUCUGUUUCGAGAUGGAGAUAAUAACGCAAAGCUCUUAGCUGGUAAUUCCUUAGGGAUCAUAUCGGCUCAGACCGAGUACAUUAGGACUGCCACUGAAGCUGGUGCCAUUCCUCUGUACGUCGAGCUUCUCUCUGGAGAAGAUCCGCUGGGGAAAGAUAUCGCAGAGGAUGUGUUCUGCGUGCUAGCUGUAGCUGAGGGCAAUGCUGUUUCGAUAGCGGAACAGCUUGUGAGGAUCUUGAGAGAAGGUGAUGACGAAGCCAAGCUUGCGGCUUCUGAUGUGUUAUGGGAUCUUGCCGGUUAUAGGCAUUCUGUAUCUGUGAUUAGAGACUCUGGAGCGAUUCCUUUGCUUAUCGAGCUUGUGAGAGAUGGGUCCAUUGAGUUCAAGGAGAGGAUCUCUGGAGCUAUUUCUCAGUUGAGUUACAACGAGGACGACCGUGAGGCGUUUUCUGAUUCUGGUAUGAUACCGGUUCUGAUUGGAUGGUUGGCCGAUGAGUCGGAAGAGAUUAGGGAUAAUGCAGCCGAGGCACUCAUUAAUUUCUCUGAAGACCGAGAGCAUUAUGCUAGAGUCCGUGAGGCUACAGGCCAUCCUGUGUUUCAGAGUAUGCAGAGCAGGCUUGCUAGAAUGCGAGCUAACCAUGAAUUGAUGGUUAGGUCGAUGCGAAGGGUUACAAUCGCACAUCUUGCCCGGGAUCCUCCAGAUCUUCUCUGAUCUGAUGGGCAAAUCCAGCUCUCCUCCACCUGCUUUGAUCAAAGCGGUGUAACGGACUUGUCAUCGACCUGUGGCUUCUUCUGCGGUUUUACUUCUUCAAGAGCCUCUAAAGUGGCAUAGCUUGCUUUCUUUACGGAGCUUCUGAAGCUGCUUGAUCAAGAGAGAGAAAAGAGAGAGAGAGGAAGUUAUUUCGAAUCGAAGAAAAGAAGAAUUGUUCUUGAAGAAUCAACCUAUAGCGCGUGUUCGCUGCAAUGCUAACUUGGGAGAACCCAGUUAGGCUUGCAAGCAACACCGCCUUGACGAAAAAGCUAGCCUUCAUUACAUUCAUCAUCAUUUUGUUAUGGCCGGUCACAAUGGUCAUGUCUCAGCAGCAGCAGGAGGUUGUGCCAGGUUCAGACGCAGAUUGCCUCCUGAGAUUCAAAGACACUUUAGCAAAUUCUUCUGUCAUUAGGAGUUGGGAUCCUUCAAUUGCGCCUUGUAAGCGAAACUCCGCCGAGUGGUUCGGCGUUCUCUGUAAUAUCGGCAAUGUUUGGGGUCUACAACUCGAAGGAAUGGGCCUAACCGGGAAGCUAGACCUUGAGCCGUUGGCUCCGAUCAAGAACCUAAGAACUUUGAGCUUCAUGAACAACAAUUUCAAUGGUGCAAUGCCAUCUGUUAAGAAGCUCGGUUCGUUGAAGUCAUUGUAUUUGUCUAACAACCGGUUUACAGGGGAGAUACCAGCGGAUGCGUUUGAUGGUAUGCAUCAUUUGAAGAAGCUUCUGCUGGCGAAUAACGCCUUUCGGGGCAAGAUUCCUUCUUCUUUAGCUUCUUUGCCGAUGCUUUUAGAGGUGAGGCUAAAUGGGAAUCAGUUUCAUGGAGAGAUACCUGGUUUUAAACAGAAAGAUCUUAAGUUAGGUGGCUUCGAGAACAACGACCUCGAGGGACCUAUACCCGAAAGCCUUCGCAACAUGGAUCCUGGCUCCUUUGCAGGGAAUAAGGGCUUGUGUGAUCCUCCACUAAGCCCAUGUUCAGCGGAUUCAGGGUCUUCUCCGGAUCCCCCUCCUAUUCCCAAGGAGAAGAACAAGAACCAAUCUUUCUUCACGAUUGCAGUUGUUUUGAUUGUCAUUGGGAUAAUACUAAUGAUCAUCGCGCUUGUGGUUUGUGUCCUUCAUACCAGAAAACGGAAGUGCUUGUCGGCUUGUCCAUCUGCGGGACAAGACAGGACGGAGAAAUACAAUUACAAUCAAUCCGCGGACAUGGAGAAAGCUGCGGAGUCUGUUACGAGCUACACUACGAGGAGAGGAGCCGUACCGGAACAGGGGAAACUCCUGUUUCUGAAAGAUGACAUUCAAAGAUUCGACCUUCAAGAUCUUCUAAGAGCUUCUGCUGAGGUUCUUGGGAGCGGAAGCUUUGGUGCUUCUUACAAAGCCGGGAUAAAUGGCGGGCAGACGCUGGUCGUGAAGAGGUAUAAAUAUAUGAACAACGUCGGAAGAGACGAGUUUCAUGAGCAUAUGAGACGGUUAGGGAAACUGAGCCAUCCGAAUCUGUUGCCUCUUGUGGCUUACUAUUACCGUAGAGAAGAGAAGCUCUUGGUCGCUGAGUUCAUGCCAAAUCGUAGCCUGGCAAGCCAUCUUCACGCGAAUCACUCCGUGGAACAACCUGGAUUGGAUUGGCCAACAAGGCUAAAGAUUAUACAAGGAGUGGCUAAGGGUUUAGGUUACUUGUUCAACGAGCUACCAACACUCACGAUCCCUCACGGUCAUCUCAAGUCAUCGAAUGUGGUACUCGAUGAAUCAUUCGAGCCCUUCUUAACGGACUACGCGCUAAGACCUGUGAUGAACUCAGAGCAAUCUCACAACCUAAUGAUCGCAUAUAAAUCGCCAGAGUAUAGCGCAAAGGGAUAUAUAACGAAGAAGACUGAUGUUUGGUGCCUCGGGGUUUUGAUCUUGGAGCUUUUGACGGGUAGGUUCCCGGAGAAUUACCUAAGGCAAGGGUACGAUGCUAACAUGAGCCUCGUGACUUGGGUGAGUAACAUGGUGAAGGAGAAGAAAACGGGUGACGUGUUUGACGAGGAAAUGACAGGGAAGAAGAACUGUAAAGCAGAGAUGCUAAGCCUGUUGAAAAUCGGGUUGAGCUGUUGCGAAGAAGAUGAAGAGAGGAGGAUGGAGAUGAGAGAUGCUGUGGACAAGAUAGAGAGGUUAAGAGAAGGACAAGAGUUGGACAAUGUCUUUGCUUCUCGGUUAAUAGACGACGAAGACUUUGGUUUCGCCAUGAAUCGAUGAUGGAGUUGACCAGUCUUUCUGAUUAAUGGAAAAGUUUGAAAAACAAUUUGUAAUCUUGAUACAAGAAAGAGAUGAUGAAUCUUCGUCUGCAGCUUCAACGAGAAAGAAAGUUUUGGGUUUGUUACUUAGGGAGAAAAUGUAUCUAAGUGCCAAAUCCAUGAGAUAUAACGAUUGAUCAUGAAAAAAACCAAAAUUUUUCUUUUUUGUUCUUUGUUAUGUAACUUUUCCAGCUUUUUUAAUCACUCUCGUCGUGUAAAUCCAUUUGACAUCUAGACAUAUAUAGUUUUAGAAAGUUUAUUCAGUUAUCCCCCCAAAAAAAAUAAUUAAUUUAUGAUUUUUAAGAACUGAAUUUGAAA